AUGCAUGACAAUGUCAUUUCGCGAUUUUGUGCCUUAGGUCCAAAAACCAUGGACGACGAAAAAGCUCUCUCGCUACCUCCCAGCUUGCAACCAACAAAAUUGCAGAAAGCCACUCUCCAUCUCCAUCACCCAUGGUUUGACAUAAUCCCAAUGGCAAAAAUGCGCGAUCAUCUUAUCAGCGCCGGUGAAACCUUUGAUGACAGACAGCUUUGCCGUGCCUUACGAGGGCUGCAGAGUGACCGACCUGGCAACACCGGUGUGAUGGUUUGGCUUGAUUCGUGCGAUCCAACCGGAUGGGAAUUGACGGAAAGUUUUGCUCGGGACUGGGGCUGGACGAUUGCACACUGCUACUCUUUGUUUGAGUCGACUAACCAUUGGAUGUCCCUCCGAGGGGAGAGGCUUCUGCUCUGUACACGGACAGGAAGAGUCCUCCAUUAA